AUGAUGGAGGCGGAGCCGCCUCCUGAAAAUCAGGAUGCUCCAGAACUGGACCAGCCAGCCGACAGCAAUUUGGAAGCAGGAGAGGAUUCCGUAUCCGCUGCUACGGUGCUAAAGUUGAACGGAGGUCAGGAGGGCCCAGGAGAGGUGAGAGAGAGGGUCUCGGGGCCUGAACUCCUCGGAGAAGAGCCCUGGCCGGAGGGUGUGUCGCCGGGUCUGGAGGAAGAAGCGCAGGAUGAAGGAAGGGAAGCUGCCCUGGAAGGUGGCGAAUAUUACUUCCCUGCAUACGACUUCUCGGAGCCCCCCCAGCGUCUGACUGGCUCAUGGGCGGAGUACAGCCACAUCCCAGAGAACUUCCUGAAAGGCUGCAAAUGGGCUCCCGACGGGACUUGCCUGCUCACCAACAGCGCUGACAACUGCCUGCGAAUUUACAACCUUCCUGCAGAGAUGUAUGCGAACGAGUGGGAGGCGAUGGCAGAAAUGAGCCCCGUGUUGCGCAUGGUGGAAGGAGACACUGUGUACGACUACUGCUGGUUCCCGCACAUGAACUCCGCCGACCCGCAGACUUGUUUCGUUGCUAGCAGUAGCCGCGAUAACCCCAUCCACAUCUGGGACGCUUUCUAUGGAGACCUGCGGGCGACCUUCCGCUCUUACAACCACCUGGAUGAGCUGACUGCCGCCCACGCGCUGAGCUUCACCCCAGAUGGCUCCCAGCUCUUCUGCGGCUUCAACAAGACCGUACGAGUGUUCGAGACGUCGCGCCCGGGCCGGGUGUGCGAGACCAGGCCCACGUUUGCAAAGAAGCAAGGUCAGAGCGGCAUCAUUUCGUGCAUCGCCUUCAGCCCCACCCAGCCGGUCUACGCCUGCGCCUCCUACUCGAAGACAGUGGGCCUCUACUCCCGGGCGGAGGGGGAUCCCCUGGCCCUGCUGCAUGGGCACCGGGGAGGGGUCACGCAUGCCCUCUUCUCCCCCGAGGGCUUCUGCCUCUACACCGGUGGCCGCAAGGACUCGGAGAUCCUCUGCUGGGACCUCCGGCAGCCCGGCGAAGUCCUCUUCUCCAUGCGCCGAACGGUGGCCACCAACCAGAGGCUCUACUUUGACUUGGAUCCGAGUGGGCGGUACUUGGUGAGUGGAGACACAGAGGGACUGGUCACCAUCUGGGAUACCUCCCAGCCCCCCAGCAGCGACCCUCGCCCCGCCCUGCAGCCCGUCCUCCAGUUCCAGGCCCUGUGGGACUGCGUCAACGGCAUCAGCCUCCACCCCAGCCUCCCUGUGCUGGCCACAGCCUCCGGCCAGCGCAAAUUUCCUGACCUGUGGGACAGUGGGGACGAAGAGGCGAAGGAGGAAGGGGCCCACCUGCCCAGUCCCCCCCAGGCCUGCGGGAGCAAUUCCCUCGUGCUGUGGCAUUGUGCCUCGGCUGCCGGAGCUGGUGUGCCCCAGACUGCUUAG